AUGUCGAUCUUGAAGUAUUUCAGUCGAGGGAAGUCGAAGAGACCAGAUACCAGUAGCAGCAGUGCCAGUGCCAUUUCCGAAUCUGACGAAUCUAAUUGCGAAAUUGUCGAAGUCGAAGACUCGGAAGAGCCGCAGUUGUCGCCCUUGGCUGUGCCAGUAGCAGUCGUCCGAAAUGACAUCGGUACCUUCAUGGAGGACAUUGCGAAGGGUGCACCGCUCGACGACGACGUGAUGUUUGCCCUGCUAAAGGACCAUGUCCAACCGGAUAGUUCGUUUGUUUUCCCGAAGAAUGGUGGCCGGUCUUUUCAGCCCCGCUGGCUCGAUGUAUACAAGCCAUGGCUGGUGUUUAGCCCUUCGCUUUCCGGCGGAGUCUGCGUUCCAUGCUGUCUAUUUGCAAAUGCAUUCCGAGGAUCGUCGCUCGGUGUUUUGGCAAGACGUCCCUUGACGAACUUUCGGAAAGCACUGGCGCUCCUGGAUGAGCAUAUGGGGAAAGCCUACCACCAGGACGCUGUGGUAAGAGCUGACGGCUUCCUCAGUGUCAUGGAGGGGAAAACGAAGGACAUAGCACAGCUGACCAAUGAUGGACUCGCGGCUAGGGUAGCUGCGAAUCGCGCCAAGUUGGAGGCGAUAAUCAAAAUCCUGAUCUUGUGCGGCAGACAAAAUAUUCCUCUGCGAGGUCACAGAGACGCCAGCACAAACAAGGAGGCCGCGGAUUCCGCAAACUGUGGAAAUUUCUGGGCUUUGAUUGACUUCAGAGUGGAGGCUGGUGACAAGAUCCUAGCUGGUCAUAUUGCUUCUGCCCCAGCCAAUGCAACGUACACGUCAGGAGAUAUCCAGAACCAACUGAUCGACAUCAUUGGUGACCAGAUUGCCCAGAGGAUUGUUGAUCGGGUCAAGGAUGCUGGAUGGUUCACGGUCAUCGCUGAUGAGGUGACAGAUGUGGCAAACAAGGAGCAACUCAGCUUGGUGUUACGGUACGUGGACCUAUCGACAAAGGUGGUUCGAGAGGAUUUUGUCGUGUUCGUUGAGUGUGCAGCAGGAGUUACCGGAGAGGCCCUCGCUAAGCUGAUCACGGAUACCAUCACCAGUCUUGGCCUUGACCUUGGCAAGCUCCGUGGACAGAGCUAUGACGGAGCAGGCAACAUGGCAGGAGCCAGGAAAGGUGCCGCUGCCCGUAUCACAGAGAAGUACCCCCGAGCUUUGUACCUGCACUGUGCCUCGCACUGCCUGAACUUGGUGGUCGUCUCGUCUCUGCAAGAUCGUUUGGUGCAGAAUAUGAUGGGCGUCGUCACCCGAGUAGCAGUUUUCUUCGACUCCCAUCCGAAACGCCAGAAAGCGCUCGAGGCCGCUUUGAAUGAUGCAGACGAGGAACCUGAUACAUCCAAGGUAAAGGAUCUCUGCAGGACACGGUGGGUGCAGCGACUUGAUGCACUGGAAUCCUUCCUGGCCCUUCACCCCAUGCUUGUGGUCUGCUUCAAUGCAAUCCUGGAUGAAGGUCCCCAGGCGUGGUCAAGAGAUUCCAUUACGGAUGCGAAUGGUUUGCUGACGGCUAUCACCAACACCGACUUUAUCGCAGCCUUAGUUAUUGUCAACAAGUGCCUUCAUUACGUGCGUGGCAUCACCUCCAGUCUCCAAGCAGAAGCCAAGGACUUGAUUGCAGCAAUGCACGAUGUGAGUUCCGUCACAGCCACACUGGCAGAAGUCCGAAGAAAUGUGGACAAGUACCAUGGUGAGUGGUUUGAAGUGGUGAAGUCCGUAUGUGAGGCAGUGCACGUUACGCCAUCACUUCCUAGGCUGUGUGGUCGCCAGACCCAACGGAACAACGUUCAGGCCGAUACGCCCGUCCAGUACUACCGACGUGCCCUGACAGUGCCCAUUCUGGACCACAUGGUGUCGGAGAUAGAGGCCAGGUUCACGCCGCACCACUCGACCGCACUCCAGGGCUUCUGUGCCAUCCCAGCACUGCUGCUAAAGAUGUCCAUGGACGCUGCGAAGUCCCAAGUACAGGAGCUGGUGAAGCUGUAUGACGACGACUUUGUGUCUGGCCGUAGUAUGGAGGCUGAGCUCCACUGCUGGCGCGUGAAGUGGGUGAAGGCAAAGGCAGAGCACGGUGAAGCUAGCUUGCCGACCUCGGUAUCAGCAGCGCUACCCCACGCUUCCCAGUUGUUUCCGAACAUCCGCUGCCUUCUGCAACUUCUUGCAACCUUGCCAGUGACGUCUUGCUCGUCCGAACGGUCCUUCAGCGCCCUGAAACUGGUCAAGGACCGGCAGAGAUCAGUGAUGAAGAACUCCCGGCUGACUGGCCUCACCUUGCUGCAGGUUCAUCAUGACAUUCCAGUUGACGUGGGUGCGGUCAUCGAUGAGUUUGCUCGCCGCCAUCCACGACGAAUGCAGCUGGUGAAUGUAUUGCACAGUGAAUGA